AUGCAGCAAACAAUCAAAUGCGCGUUCUUCAUUUGCGAUUAUGCGAAUACUCAAGGCAGCCUUGCGCAAGUGAUCAAGAAUUCAGUACUGAAUGUGGAAUCUGAGAUCAAAGAAUUCGAAAAUGCAUUCAAAGACCUUCAACAUAGUUUUCAGAGCCAAUUGGCUGUCUCCCCACAAUUCACUGUGCUCAAAAUAUUAGAAGAUGUUCAAGAUCUUGGCACACAAGCAGAUUUUUGUGACAUGCGUUAUGCCAUAGAUGCUAGAUGUGCUGCAUCAUAUGCCAUUUAUCUACUGGCUAACAGUGCGGUGCCCCCGGCUGACCUCACAACAUCCCUGCAGAGCUGGGUUAUCAAGGACAGCAAGGAAUCAGAGAGGAUCUUAGAACUUGAGAAGUUAAUGAAUGUCACCCCUUCUUGGUGUACUGCUCGGGCCCGAGGGCAUACAAUUGCAUAUUGGUGGAGGAAGAGACUUGGGAAAGACAUUCUCACCGAAACAAACAAUGAAAUUCAAAGGUACAGCAAUGCAUUGGAUGUGCUCAUGCAAAACUUCACUCUCCCAGAUCACAGCCUACCAGUGCCAUGCUCACAACUCUGA